AUGGCAGCACGAAACACCCUCCGCCGCGCCCUCCUCUACAUCCCCGGCUCGUCCCAACGCUUCAUCGACAAGUCCCGCUCCCUAACAGCCGACUGCGUCGCCUACGACCUCGAAGACAGCGUCACCCCGCACAAGAAAGCCGACGCGCGGACCCUCGUGCGGAGAGCCCUCGAUGAGCCCGCACCACCGGGCAUCCGCGAGCGCGCCGUGCGCAUCAACUCAGUCGACAGCGGUCUCGCGCUGGCUGAUCUAACGGAAGUCCUCCAAUCCCCAAACCUCAGCACAAUCGUCCUCCCCAAAGUCAACACCCCCGCAGACCUAACCUUCGUCGCCGACGUAAUCAGCCAUACAUACGCGCAGCGCACAGCACAGGGUCUCCCGCUCCCAAGAACCCCACUGUCUCUCCUCGCCCUCAUCGAGUCCGCCAAAUCCCUCACAAACCUAUCAUCCAUAACAUCCGCAACGCCCCUCCUGCAAGGCCUCAUCUUCGCAGCCGAGGACUUCGCCCUCGACCUCUCCCUAACGCGCACCCCGAGUCUAACGGAAUUCCUCUUCGCGCGCUCCGCAAUCGUCACCGCCGCGCGGGCCGCAAAUCUCCCAUCGACAAUUGACCUCGUGUGCACGGCCUACAAGUCCAGCACUAACGACGGAAAGCCCCCCGCAGUGCUGGAAGAAGAAUGCCGCGGCGGCCGCGGGCUCGGGUUCAACGGGAAGCAGUGCAUCCAUCCGUCGCAGGUUGAGACCGUGCAGCGGAUUUACGGGCCUGAUGAGGCGGAGGUAACGUGGGCCGUUCGGGUUGUUAUCGCGGAUGAGAAGGCGGCCAGGCAAGGAAGGGGCGCGUGGACGCUCGAUGGGAAGAUGGUUGAUGUGCCGGUUGCGGAGAAGGCGAGGGGGGUUGUGAGGAGGGCGGAGGAGUGUGGGGUUGAUGUUGGGGCUUUGAGGGGGAGGUGGAGGGGGCAGGAGCCUGAGUAG